CUUGAUAAAUGGCGUUAUUGCGUGUAUUUAGGCUGUCAGAGGGGAGGUGGGGAGUCUCUCUGCUCGGACUCUGCACAGCCUCCUGCCAGACCGAUAGCUGGAGGCAUGCCAGACAUGGAAAGGGGUGGGUCUCCGCAGUUUGAGGAGAUUUCUUGGAGGAAUUUAGUGGGGAUCUAGGGGGCAGAGAGAGAUUUACGAAUUGAUAGGUGGUCGCGUUUUGUUUGGCCGCACGUCUUUGCGCCAGAGGACUCUGGAGCAUUGAGUUUCCUUCUCUUAAAGGAUUAGUCCUCACGAUGGCCACCAAGAGACUAAGGAGGGGUCGCUAUCCUGGCGACACACAGCUGGUGGCUUCAACCGGGAACGCGUCCUGCGAGCAGAGCAGAAUUGUGGCGCACUGACCUCGGCCGCCUUGAAGAGACACUGGCUUUUAGGAGAGAUUUGCCUGGAGUAACCACAGUUUUCUCCUUUAUUUUUUAGUCCUGACUCUCGUUUUUGAAGGUUGAACCCGUCUUUUUUACACCCAUUCAGCUUCCUUUGGGCUACAAGGCUUAGCAAUGACGACUGAAAGCUCUCAGCAGCAGCUGGACCCGCCGCCUCCCCUCAGAUCCAGCCCGGCAUCCAGUGCCAUGCACUCGGCGCUUCAGAGCACACAGACAGUGCUGGAGAGCACAGCUGCGACCGGCAGCAAGGGCAAAAAGUCCAACUCGGGCAUGAGACGCCCCGAAAAGCCGCCUUACUCCUAUAUCGCUCUCAUAGUCAUGGCGAUACAGAGCUCUCCGACCAAAAGGUUAACGCUGAGUGAAAUCUAUCAGUUCCUCCAAGCUCGUUUCCCGUUUUUUAGGGGUUCCUACCAGGGCUGGAAAAAUUCUGUCAGACACAAUUUGUCCCUCAACGAGUGUUUCAUCAAACUUCCCAAAGGCCUCGGGCGGCCGGGCAAAGGCCACUAUUGGACCAUCGACCCUGGGAGCGAGUUCAUGUUCGAGGAGGGCUCUUUUCGACGCAGGCCCCGUGGUUUCCGAAGGAAAUGCCAGGCUCUUAAGCCUAUGUACCGCAUGAUGAACGGCAUCGGCUUCGGCGCUUCGAUGCUGCCCCAAAACUUUGACUUCCAGUCGCCCUCCGCGUCCCUGGCCUGCCAUGCCAACGGCUACAAUCUGGAUAUGAUGAGCAACCCGGUACCUGGCGUCCACGCGGGUUACGAUGGCCUCAGUACAGGCCAUCAUGUCUCGCACAUGUCACCGAGCCCGGGUUCUACAUACAUGACGGCAUGCCAAGUCGCUUCCAACGGCGAGUACGGCCCAGACAGCAGCAACAGUCCGCUCCACUCGCCGCCGGCCAUGAGCGGCUCUUUGGAGUGCCAUUCGCCGUAUGGAGCCGCCUCGGCACAUUGGGCUUCAUCAGGUGUGUCUCCUUACAUUAAACAGCAGCCACUAGCUUCCAGCAGCCCGACUUCCUCUGGAUUACACUCGAGUAUGCCGCCUUAUUCUCUGGAGCAGGGCUAUCUGCAUCACAACGGCAGAGAGUCGGCCGACAUCUCAGGAAUGUCUCGAUACCAAACCCACACAUCGCCAGUCUGUGACAGAAAAGACUUUGUGCUGAACUUCAACGGUAUUACAUCGUUUCAUCCAUCCAGCAGUGGAUCCUACUAUCACCAUCAGCUACAUCAUCACCAAGGAGUCUGUCAAGAUGUAAAGCCAUGCGUUAUGUAAUUUAAACUAUGACAAGCAGAAAAAAAAAAAUCCGAACGUACGGACUGAACUCGCAAAUGACGAGAUUGAGUGCGUUUGAUGCACGGUUAUCUAUGAAGAAUAAAUAAAAUCAAUGGAAGGCGAAGUUGAGCCGCUCAUCUCUCCGUAUUUACUGAGAGAAUCUAUGAAGGAAGAAA